AUGCAACCACCUCCUGCUGGCCGACCAAUGUUAGGGCAGCCUGCGGGAAACGGGCAUUUCUACUUGCCACCGGGCUCACAGGGUCAAGUUCCCCAGUAUGGAGGUCCUGGUAGAAGUCCUCUGAUAGCCGGGUCUCCACCAGACGGUCUCCCUCCGGGAUCUCUGCCGAACGGCGCACCCCCCAUGCGUCCCUUUUUCCCUCCGACAGGGUACCCGCAGAACGGAGGCUUCCAGCGACCGUAUGUUGUACCUUACAUGUCACCUGCAAUGAAUCCUUAUGCGGAGAGACCUUACGAUGGUCCCAUGCCGCACUACAACCGUCCAUUACCUCCAGCUCCCGUCCCAUUUGUUCCGCCCCUUGUGCGCCCUGAUUACCCGCCGCAGCAACAGCAACCAAUUCAUCACAGCAAUCAAAAUCAUUAUUAUCAACAGCAUCAGCAUCAACAGCAGCAUUCACUUCCACCUCAUCCUCAUCAACGGCCGACUGCCAAUGAACAUAUUGUCCCGCCAUCGCAGCUACAGGGCGGCGUGCGCCCUCAGCCAGUGUCCGUAUUACCACCACCAGAACCUCGAUAUCCUCAACAGCGGCGUAGUGCUUCGUCAGUUCCUCCAUCAUCUCCACCCUCCAUCCCAGGCAGCCGUCGAAGCUCGGGAGUCCCACAGCCACCUCCUAGAUUCGACAGCGAGCACAGCAGCCUGCAUAAACGUGACUCGGAAGAUGUUAGAAUACCAAUGGUCUAUCCCGCACUUCUGUCGAAGGUGGCGGAUGCCUUUCGAGUUAAAGUACCGCUAUCUACACACACCAAAGAUUCUCUAGAGUACACGGAUUGCUUUGUUGGACGCGAUGCUGUGGAUACAAUUGCCUUUAUCAUCAAAACCACGGAUCGGAAUUUAGCGCUACUACUUGGUCGAGCAUUGGAUGCUCAAAAGUUCUUUCAUGAUGUUACCUAUAAUCACCGCCUACGGGACAGUUCAAAUGAGCUCUACAAGUUCCAAGCCCGAACAGUAACUCCGCUCGUAGCUGAUAUCCCCGACGCUACUGCGGAUCCUGAAGAAGGAGGCCUGCCAAAUGGAGUCUUUACCUUACUGACGGACUGCUACUCUCCCACCUGCACGCGUGACCGACUUUGCUACAGCAUUGCCUGUCCGAGACGCUUGGAACAGCAAACUCGUUUGCUAAGUCAAACAAGCUCGCAGUUACAACGUAGUCCUAGCCGGGCUUCUUUAGCCGACAAGGACAAAAAGGGACACCUAUGGUCGACAUCGGUUCCGAAAGAGAUCGUAGAAUCUGUGUCUGCAACGGAAAGGAAGCGACAGGAGAUUAUAUUUGAAACUAUCCAAACGGAACGGGAAUUCGUUGCCGAUUUAGAAUUGAUACAAUCGGUAUUCGUGGAACCAUUGCGAAAGAGCGACAUUAUAGACCCCAGUCGACGGGAUGGCUUCAUUAAUGACGUCUUCUUGAACCUCAGGCAGCUGCACACUAUCAACUCGAAGCUGUUGAGGAAACUCGUUGCUCGACAGCAAGAGAACAAAAUUGUUGAUAAGAUUGGAGAUAUAUUCAUGAGCGUAGUUGACACGUUUGAGGCUUACGUCGACUACGGGGCGCGCCAGGUGUAUGCAAAGAGCGCAUUGGAUCACGAACGGGCGAUGAACCCGGAAUUUGCAAAAUUCCUGCAGGAUUGUGAGCGGAAACCAGAAUGUCGAAAACUUCCUAUACAAAGUUUCUUGGCUCGGCCGACUACGCGCGUGGGGCGAUAUCCGCUGCUUCUCAGAUCCGCUCUGGAUAAGUCACCGGAGAAUCAUCCCGAUAGAGCUUUAUUGCCGCAAGCGAUCAGCGUCAUUAAAGAUGUUUUGAGCAAAAUCAACAGAGAAGCGGGACGAGCCGAGAAUUUAUUAAAGUUGCAUCAAUUGCAGAACCAAUUGAUCUUUAAUCCCGGGGAACCACUGGAUCUCGGCCUUUCAAAUGAAGGCCGAACCAUAGUCCGGGAAGGAUCUCUCGUCCUCCGAAGAAAUGGAAACGAGAUAGAUGUCCAAGUGUUUUUGUUCGACCAUGUUUUACUGCUCACCAAGAAGAAAAAGAAUGGCUUCUAUAAAGUGUACAAGCGGCCGAUACCACUUGAAAUGCUUCACAUUUUGGAAGGUGGGACAGCACAACGUCGGGGAUCUGGCCUAUUUUCCUCCGGUCACAAAAGCAGCCCAAGCACGUCGUUGUCCCAUAAUUCAACAGUAUCAAAGCAAAUGAAUAUGGUUAGCUCGCGACCAAGCGUGGUAACCCCGCCAGGCGAGACCGCGACAAAAGGAUAUCCCUUCUCCCUUGUCCAUCUUGGUCGAGCAGGGACGACGUACACUCUGUACGCGGCGAACCAGGCCGAUCGAAGAUCAUGGCGCGAUGCGAUCGAGCAGCAAAAGUUAGCCGUGACGGAAAAGAAGAGGCGGUUUGAGAUCGUUACCAUGUUGGAUACUGCAUUUCCCUACACGAACAAGGUCAAUUCUUCAGUGUCUAUGGGCAAUAAGUUGAUAUUGGGAACGGAUAACGGGCUCUACGUCGGUCCCUCGUCCCAGGCUGUGCAGGUGGACGCUGAUAAGCUUUUCAAACGAGUUAUUGACUUGGAGAAGAUUCAGCAAGUGGAUGUACUUCCUGAGCAUGACAUGUUGACCUUGCUAGCCGAAAAACAUUUGAUAACGUUCCCGCUGGACGUGCUGGACGUUACAGAACAAGAAGCAAACCUUGUGGCAAGGAAGGGGAAGAAAGUGGCGUCCCACAUAUCCUUCUUUAAGCAGGGCCUCUGCGAUAAUCGUAUUCUCGUCUCGGCGGUGAGAAUCACGGCUUUGAAUUCUACGGUGAAGGUGUUUGAGCCCCAGGAUGUGGGAAGUUCAAAGAAAAGAGGCAAAUUUGGAAAAUUCCUGCUCGGAGACAGUGAUUCUAUGAAGAUGUUCAAGGAAUUUUACGUGCCGACUGAAUCAAGCUCGAUACAUUAUCUCAGAUCGAAAAUCUGCGUCGGAUGCACAAAGGGCUUCGAGAUUGUGGAUCUGAACAGUCUUGAUACGCAAGGAUUACUGGAUCCCACCGACGAAAACCUCGAUUUUGUUCACAAGCGGUCGGACGUCAAACCAAUCAGCGUUUUCCGCAUUCGGGACGGGGACUUUUUACUCUGUUACAAUGAAUUUGCAUUCUAUGUCGAUCGACUCGGACGGAAAUCCCACAGAGAUUGGAUGAUAUAUUGGACGGGAUAUCCUAAUGCUUUUGCAUUGGUUCCGCCAUAUAUAAUCGCGUUUGAACCAUCAUUUAUAGAAGUUCGGCACGUCGAUAGCGGAGAAUUGCAGCAAAUCAUUCCCACGCAGAACAUGCGCACCCUGAAUACCAACCCGGAAUUUCUGCACUGCGUCAUGGACUCUGCAUUGGAUUUCCAACACAUUUUUCGAUUGCAACCCGUUGGCAGGUUCUGA